GUAUGUUUUAUAGACUAUAGUCUGCGGUUGUUACGUUUUGGUAAAAAACUGAAUUUUGUGCUAUGCGGAAACAUUACUGUUGAUUUUAAUAGAGAUUUUCAGAGAAAAUAUUGCAGAGUAUUUAAUUUCUAACUAGCUAUUAAACAACCAACAAAAUUGCUUCCACAAUGACCGUAACGCGGGUGGCGGAGUCCCGCACAGAGUUUAAACUUAAAAGUCUACCAGAGGACGCUAUUUCCAGUGUAAAGUUUGCCCCAAAAUCAAAUCAAUUUCUCUUAGUAUCAUCAUGGGACUGUUCUGUGAGGCUUUACGACGUGUCUGCCAACGUCGAGAGACACAAAUACAGCCACGAGCUUCCCGUGCUCGAUGUUUGCUUCAGGGAUGCAGUUCACUCCUACAGUGGCGGUUUAGACCAGACACUGAAAAUGUACGACCUGAAUGCAAGCAGUGAGACUGUGCUUGGUGAACAUAAAGGUGCAAUCAGAUGUGUGGAGUUUGCGAGUGAGGUGAAUGCAGUGCUCACAGGUAGUUGGGACGGUACCGUCAAGAUGUGGGACAGCAGAGUGCCCAACUGUGUUGGCACUUACAACCAGGGGAAUGAAAGGGUAUACACAAUGAGUAUUGUUGGAGAAAAAUUUGUAGUGGGCACGUCAGGUCGCAAAAUAUUUGUAUGGGAUGUCCGCAACAUGGGGCAUGUGAACCAACGGAGAGAAUCCUCCCUCAAGUACCAGACGAGGUGCAUACGAGUGUUCCCCAACAAACAGGGCUAUGUGCUGAGCUCUAUAGAGGGCCGAGUGGCUGUUGAGUACUUGGACAGCAAUCCUGAGGUGCAGAAGAAGAAAUAUGCCUUCAAAUGUCAUCGGAUUAAAGAUGGAGGCUUAGAAAAGAUCUACCCAGUGAAUGCUAUAAGCUUCCACUCCGUGUACAACACAUUUGCCACGGGCGGCUCGGACGGGUACGUCAACAUUUGGGACGGCUUUAACAAGAAGAGGCUCUGUCAGUUCCACAGAUACAACACAGCGGUGUCGUCACUGUCGUUCUCGCACGACGGGUCCGCGCUAGCGAUCGCGUGCUCGCAGCUGGACGAGUCGCAAGCCGAGGAGCCCAAGCCGGAGGACAUCGUGUACAUCCGCUACGUCACCGACCAGGAGACCAAACCCAAAUAAUACCACCACCUACCACCACCGAUGCCAACCUUAUGACGUUUCGGAAUUAAGGUACAUAAAGUAACCAUCAAUAGCUCAACGGUAAGAGCGGUCGGUCGGUUCGUUCCCUCUCCUUUAGGCUAUUGUCGUACCUACACCUAAUACAGUAUUUCUCGACUAAUUGGACGGGAAUGAGAAUAUUAGUCAUAUUAAAAAAAUAUAUAUGGCAAAUAUUCUUUCAAAAAAAAAAUACAAAAAAAGUACGGUGUGCCUUGCCGCCACGCCCCUAUGUUACCGUUGAUACCUAAAUUGUGUAGCUUAUCGCCCGGUGUUCCGAAACGCCAUAAAGUGUGCAUCGGUCUAUAGUCUCGCUGCCACCGUUUGUAUGUGAAGUCACUGAGAGGAAAUAUUUUAUAGUUUAAUCUGUCAAUGAUUACAAUAGGGAUGAUGACAGUUUUUUUUUAAAUUGUAUAUAAAUGAAUAGUAUGCUAAUAUCUACAUGUACCACAAAAUAAAGAUUAUUGAUUGUUAGUAAAGCAAAUUUGCAGAAGUAACAGGGUACUGCGAUCAUUACUUUCGGAGCUACAGGUACUACUGCUAAUUGGUACGAAAAAAUGACGUCAUCGUUAAAUUUGAAUGGGCGUUCAAACAAAUAUCUUGCAUAUUUGUAUGUUCAGGUUUAUCUAUACUUCUUAUAAUAAAAAAUGGCACAUUUUACGUUAAUCUCGUUAUUUUACGAUAAAAGAUUUUUAUUUGAUUUUUAAAUUAAAUAAUCUUAUUUAUUUUAUAAACAUCCAAACAAUCUUUGUUUUAUAUAUUUAUUAAUACGUUUACACUUCUUUUAAUGAAUAAUGUCACAUUGAAUAUAAGGAAGGAAGAAUGGAAGAAGAAAGGAAAAAAUUUAUGAAUUUUCAUUUAAUUACAUUAAAAAAUAAUAAUUGAAUUUGAAAUUUUAUAAUCUCAUUAAUUUUAUAAACAUUCAAACAAAUAUUAGUUUUUAUGGACGAAUGUCUCAUAAAAAUCAAAUAUAUUGAAACCUUGUCAUCAUCCCUAUUAAAUUUAUUUAAAAUAUGGUGGCAAUCAACGAAAAGCAUAUUUUCCGCUGGUAGGCACUUCAUGAAUCUGCCUCAAUGACUUAAAUUGUCACAGCACAUUUGUAUAAAAAUUAGUAGGUAUAAAGUGUUUUCGGAUAGCAUGGGUACGGUGGUACGGUUGCCUUAUGACGUUCAUAAUACGUACUAUUGUCGUGAAUCGCGGCAAACUUUCAAAAGUGAAACGAACUGUCACCAUGCCCAUGCUAUUUAAAAAAUACUAUAGUUUAUUGUGUUAUUUAUGUGUAUGGACUAUAAUAAUCGGUCCAAGCAUUUAUUUUACUUUUGACAUAGUUACUUUUAAUUAUUUUUAUUGGCAUAUUACUGAUACAAAAACAUUGAAUGGCCUGAGAAACAAUAUUUGAGCAUAGACACAAAACCAUUGUAAUAGUAUUUUUCUUUAUUCACAGUUAUUACAUAAAAUAUUGCAACGGCUGGCUUAUAAAACACGAAAAAUGUUGAAGAACCAUAAAAUAUCAAUAUCAUAAAAUAUAUUAAAUCGAUUAAAAGUUUUUCGUAAGUUCAUUUUUGAAUGGAAUAACGGUAAUGUAUUCCUCAUCAUUCAUCUUUAUUGGCCUAUUGUAACAGUCCAUCAUUGGGUUAGGCCUCCAUCAUUAACAGUGGCGUGUACGAGGGUAGGCUCUAUACCAUCGAUAUAAAUCGUUAGAUGGGCCCCUCCAUACUAAAGAACGCACAGUUUAAUGUCAUUACCCAAAGACGUGCACGCACAUCUUAUCUUAGUACGUAACAAGCGCAUGCUGUGAGUGGACGUGGGCUUAAAAAAAUAUUUACUGUUUUUUUUUAUUUUCAUCCCUUAACUAUUCCUUUGUGUACAAACACAAGCAACAACAUGAAUAAAGAGAAAUGUUACGAGUGAUGACGUACUCAAUGUGCGAAUCUAAUGACAAUUCCGCGACGCGUUGAGGCCCAUCUAACGAUCUACGAUCGAUGCUCUAUACGUAUAACUUGUAAAAUAUGGAAAAUUCCUCCUCCAAUACAGGUUCGUAAUGGAUCCUCAGGGUAUGCAUGAUAUAGAACUUGGAACACUUCCGUUUCCGGGUUGACAAUUUUUACUGAGAAUUUCUUGGAAGAAAGAAAAGUGCAAUAUUUCAUAUUAUAUACCGACCUGGGACCCCAAUCCAGGACCUCCUGAUCUGAAGCAUAGGCUAACCAACGAGCUAGGCGUUAAUAAACUGUCAAAAGUAAAAUAAAUGCUUUGAUUGAGAAUGUCAAAGUCAGUGUGAGAUUUGAGAAUUCGAAUAUAGUAAAAGGUUUGAAGUAAAAUGGACUGUAAGUAUAUUAAAAGCUUAUAAAGGCAUACUUCAUGCAAUUUAUAGGUCUAUAGUAAGAUCCUAACUUGGUCCAAUUAUAUGUGGAUGACGUCGGCGUCUUGUGACGUCAUUCCAAUUUGCUUUUGGGUACUGAAAGUGGUAAGUGUAUCCCGCAAUGUGCGAUGACCCUUAGAAAGCUGUAAUGAAGUUUUAUGUUGGUAUGUAAGUGGGCGAAGAGUGUGCAGUUAUGUUAGUUUUAAGUGACGUAUGUAAAAAUAAACAAUAAAUAAAUUAAGAUUAAUUUUUA